AUGGAUGAUUCUAAUGUCACAUAUUUAACUCUGUCAGGCUAUGUGGAGUUAGAGAGAUAUAGAUAUAUUUAUUUUGUAAUUGUUCUUACACUUUAUCUGUUGAUCAUUAUUUGUAAUGGUCUUGUGAUUUUUGUCAUAUUAACAAACAAAAGUCUCCAUGAGCCCAUGUACAUUUUCAUUGCUGCUUUGCUUUGUAAUGCUGUCUUUGGAUCUACAACACUUUAUCCUAGACUGCUCACUAAUUUUUUGUCUGAAAAACAAAUUGUUUCUUAUGAAGAAUGUACAUUUCAGUCAUAUUUUAUUUAUACAUAUGGUGCUUCAGAGUUCACACUAUUAUCAGCUAUGGCCUAUGACAGAUAUGUGUCCAUCUGUAAACCAUUACAAUAUGCUAUGAUUAUAAAAAUGUCCACUGUUAGAAAGAUUUUAUUUUGCUGUUGGUUUGGUCCAUGUUGUGAAAUGAGCAUAACUUUGAUAAUGACCUAUCAGAUAAAGCUGUGUACAUUUAAAUUAAAUAGAAUUUACUGUAAUAAUAAUGCACUUGUUAAAUUGAGUUGUGGUGACACAUCUGUGAGGAAUGCAUAUGGAACAUUUGUGUUAUGCAUUGCUGUAUUUCCGCCAUUGACCUUUGUUCUUUUUUCCUACUUUAAAAUACUUUCUGUCUGUUUAAAGUGUUCUAAAGAUUUCAGGAAAAAAGCUAUACGGACCUGUGUACCCCACCUGUUAAUUUUCAGCAGUUUUACUGUCACCUCGCUUUUUGAAGUCCUCAGUACAAAGGUUGAAACGAAUGUACCUCACAUCAUUUCCAUGAUCUUAUCAGUAGAAAAUAUGGUUAUUCCUCCUCUUGCUAAUCCGAUUAUUUAUGGACUGAAACUGAAAGAAAUUUUUUAUCAGAUCAAAAAAAUGUUUUAG